AUCACUCUAAACUCAAACAGUCCAUGUUUGCCUACGAGAGCCCUCGUGACAAUUUUGCCAUCGGAUUGCCAAAGUCCGGUGUUUCUAUACAAAUUUUGUGAGACAGAAUUGCACAACAAAAUAUAAUCUCUAAAACAAACUCCAGCCAAUAAGCAGAAUAAGCACAAAGAACAUGCAGAUUCACCGACAAAACUGUCCCGAAUGAGUGUUACAUCACAAAACAAACUCCAGCUGCUAGGCCGUGAAUGUUCAGUGGGUCGGUCCACUCGGCUGCAAUGUGAGUACCACAAAAUAACUUGCAAAUGAUUUACAGCCAUCAUUAGCAUCUAUUCUCAAUUCCAGGAACAUCAUUGCAAAAUUUGGAUGUUAUUCUGCUGGCUACGGUUCUCCAUGUCAUCCAACUUCUCCCAGACAUGCUCCAAAUCCACCUUGGGUGCUAGCGGAUUAGCAGAGAAUUCCCCCACUGAUGACUCCAGAUAAUCAUUCCAUUUCUCGACAUCCCCCACUCUUACCACAUCAGUGAACUUUGCCUCCAUGGCAGUGAUCGAUCGACAUAUCAGAGCAAGAUCCUCCAAGUUAGAAACGAUCUUCAUCAGCAUUGCCGACAUGUUCAGCAUCUCCCACCGCAUUUUCUGCACCUCCCCGACUAAAUCGACUCCCAAGCUUGCGGCCUGCUCGGGGGUGUCAGCUGGCGCACGAUUACAGACUGAGGAGAUGAAUGCCUUACAUCAAGGAGCUAAACUGUGCAAAGAGGGGGACAAAGUCUUGUCCUCUGGGGAUCCGGGGAGAGCUGCAGCUCUGUACACCUAUGCCUUUUGGAAUCAUGCUGGAUCCACUGUUGCACACAUGCGUGGCCUUGAAACUUGCCAUUUAGAGGAGGUGAUCGCAACACUGGAGGCCUGGCUUGAUGGAGUGUCACAGAAUUCAAUCGAGGGCCUCAGCAAAGGUCUUGUCGCUGUCUUUCUGUCUACAUUAUGCCCCAAUAAUAUUUCUGCUUCACUUUAUAAAAUGGAGUCUGUCCUGCAGGGGACAGGUCAUGGCUCAGAUGAGAUCUUUGCCCGGUGCUCCGCUCUCCUAGAGGGAAAACAAAUGCCCCGGCUUGAGGGUCGCACACGGUUAGUUCUAGAGCUAACAAGAGCACUGGCCUGCUUGCUCUCAGAUCCUCACAACCCUAAAGGUCCACAGUUCUAUCUGCAGGCCUUUUGUGGAAAUAAAUCAGAAACUAUUAGACUUGUCAAAGAAAGACAAACUCAGCACAUGCCGUUAUUAAUUAAAGCCUUUUGUGAGCAAAUGUCUCAGGGAUAUUCUAUUCUCCAUACUAAAGACCAUAGGGUGAAAGCAAUGAAUUGCACACAAAAGAGUGAAGACGUUGAUCGCCAUGAAGCAGUUGAGUUUUUACUUGCCAUUUCAGCAGAUGAUAUUCAAGUAAGAGAACUUAAAGCUGCAGUUUUGUUCUCAUCAGGAAAGUUUGCAGAAAGUGCUGAAGCCUUGUCCCUGGCUCUUCAGGUUGGUGACUCACAGGUCAAGACCAACUCACAUAACGAAUAUGCUAAGCAGGUAAUGGCACCAGAGAAAAGAGCAUGUCUACUGAUGAGAAGAGCAGUUGCCCAUUUUUCAGCAGGAGGACGAGCAAGCGAAGUCUGCAGAGACCUGGGUGACAGUUUUGCACUUCAUCCAGCAACAGCGAGACAGCAGUUCCAAAGCCUCUUCUUUGACAAUGGCAUAGGGUUGGCAGCUCGUAUCCAACUGCGUCAACAGGCGGAGAAGGGUGUCUCAGAGUUCAGGGAGGUGGUUCUUGCAAGGCCUGACAUACGCUCAUCAAAAGGAGUGGAGUUGUUGGAUCCCGUUAUUGCUCAACUGCGAGCUCUCUGUCACUUAGAGAUGGACGGAGGAGGUCGGGAGCUGCGUGUGCGUCUGGCAGACUGCCUUCUUCUGCGUGGGCAACAUAGAGAAGCGCUUUCCAUAAGCUGCCAGCUAGCCACUCCAGCACAGCAGAGCUACCAGAACACAGUGCAAGUGCUCAGGGGGUUUUCCCGUCUUUUCUGUGAAGACCAUAAAGGCGCUUUGGAGGAUUUCCAGGCAGUGAUUGAGCAUAACACUCCUCACCCGCCCAGCUGUGUGCGUGCACUUUGCGGUAGGGGAAUCCUACGUAUGAUGGCUGACUCAUACUUCCUGACUGCUCUGGAUUAUGUUACAGCAAGCCAAUUACAGCUGCAGGACACUGCACUAACUGUUAGGUGCCUGGUGCCAUGGAACUACCGUGGGUUGCUGUGCACUGUGUUGAUGGAACAGGGGAGAGUCAUGCUUGAGGGGACUGGAGAGCAGAAAGCUGAGCUAAUCCCACACAGAGCACAACAUGAGAAGGAGCAGAACCACUCCACCAUCAGGCAAAGAACUGCAGUUGGUGUGCAUGCUUUAGCUCUUCUCCUAAUUGAGUUACAACCCAGUGCUGAUGGACCCCAGAUUCUCACAGCAGAUGCUCUGUAUCAGCUGGGUCGUGUUGAGGAGGCCUACCGUCUUCUUCUUAACAUUGAGCAUACAGCUCCACGGCCACCUAUUCUUGCACGCCUUGCAAUACUGCAGCUACAUCGUGGCUUCCUCUAUAAUGCCUAUCAGCUCCUAAAGAAGCUAAUUAAUUCUGGAGACACUAGCUGUCUACGUCCCCUUCUAUCUGUAACAGCUUUACAAGACAGAACACUUCUAGAAAAACAUUGUCACACUGCCUCAAAACGUAUUCUGUGUGACCAACAAGGCAAAAGUGCAGUAAGGGAAGCUGUAGCCUAUUUGUCCAUCGCCAUAAUGGCUUCAGAUGGUAGAGCUAUAGAUUCCCUGCUGGAGAGAGCAAGAUGUUAUGCUUUAUUGGGCCAGUGGAAGACUGCCAUCUUUGACUUUACUGCGAUCCUGAAGGAGCAGCCAGUUCAUGUGCAGGCUUUGUGUGGAAGAGGAUUCACUUAUCUUAUGCUGAAUCAACAGAAGGAAUGCACACAAGACAUACUUGCUGCCCUUCACUGUGGUGCUGAGGAGGUCACUCAGAGCAUUUUGUCCCUUAAAGACAAAGCAAGAAAGCUCCUCAGUGAAUGGUUAGGUCAGCAAUGUCGUAGCUGCCUAUUAGAGAUUCUGUUGGCCAAUCCAGUACCCUGUCGGGAGGAGCACCUUCAGGAGGCCUUUUUGAUUGGUGGAGCACUAAUGAACACUGAUUGCAGGGAUCCCAGGUGGCACCUCCUGUACAUAGAUACACUACUCGCCAAAGGGGAGGUGAAUGCUGCAGGUGCACACCUGAAGCAGGUGUUUGGUCAGGAGCCUCGGGAUGCCACAGCUAAGGCCAGAUGGGGUGUGGUUAAUGCCUGGCAACAGAACUACUCAGUGGCAGCCAACUAUCUGAGUGCAGUGGCUGAGAAAGAACCAGCAACUCUAGACUUUCUAAUUUGUUUUCUGCAGUCCUCUCAAAGAAAACGCCUGGCACAGGCAGCAUCUCAGCAGGCCAGCAGUGUCUCUCAAAGUGGCCAGUGGGAGCAUGCCUUAGCCCUGCUGACGUUGGCAGUGCGAGCUGUCAAUGAGGUGAAGCUUCAAUACCUUAGGCAGCGUGCAGCUUGCCUGGCCCACCUUUGCCUCCAUGAGAGGGCAGUGUCUGAUCUGAAUAAGGUCAUCCAUGGCCACGAUGUAGACAGCAGAGAGGAGCAUAGGGUGUGGGCAGAGGACCUUUGCUGUCGAGGUUGCAGCCUUCUGUUGUGUUCCCGUGAGGAGUCUGGCUUACAGGACUUUACCAAAGCCCUGGACCUGCAUGAAGAACAGGCUCUUCUGUGUGUUGAGGCUGGUCUGGGAAGAGAACGCAUUGCUGAACUUUUCUUGCACUUUGCCCUGCAGCAAUUUGGAGAGCAGCAGCUUGACAAAGCUUGGCUUUUGAUAGAGACUGGGCUUAAAGUAGACUGUGGUCAUGCAGAACUGCGUAGGCUGAGGGUUAGAAUAAAACGAGAGGUCUCUGGCCCAUGUACAGUCCACUAGAGAUGAGGUAUGAUGAUGAGAUGUUUAAUUGUGCAAGUUGAACCAGCUGACAGUUAUGGCUUCAUAUUAAGAAUGAUUAAUAUGGCAGACAUACCAGUAAGAAUUUAUGAUCAUAGAAAUGGCAAUAAUACAGUAGGUUAUUGUGUUGUAUUGUAUUUGGUUUCUUAUAAUUGGUCUUAAAGGAAUGUUCCAGGUUAAGCUCAAAUGACAGCAUUUGAAGAAUGCUGUUGGUUACCAAAAACGCAUAUCAAGUUGGGUUCUGAAAUCGCGGCUAUAUUGGUACAGCUAGAAAAGCAUGCAUCAAACAUCCACACAAACCCAGCCUUGUUUUUUUUUGUUUUAGAUAUGCAGCCAAUAACCUACAAACAAGGAAGUCUUAAAUAAUGCCUAUACUAAAGACUCUACUAACUAAAUUCAUCUGACUCGAUACAUGUGUUAACGGACUAUGAUAAUGGCCUACUCGGACAACACUGUUUUCUAGAGCUGGCAGAAAAUACUCAAAACAGACACAAGCAGCGUAUCUAUCAACCACAAAUAAUAUAAUAUUGAGCAGCACCCAUCGGAGUUGCAUUGGAGUGAUGUUACCUCCCCUCUUCGAAUGAUUGGCUAGAGGAGCAGCUGUCGAUCAAGAACUAGUGGAACAAUAGGGAUGCAAAUCGCCCCCUGAUUUAUAUAAAAUUCUACUCACAAGUUUUGGGAAACCAAGUGAAGAACUUGAAACAAAAAGCAAAUAAAAAUACAGCGUAAGUGUACAAACAAAAUGAAAAUAUGAGCAAAAUUGUCAGAGAGCACAGCAUAUUUUAAAUGUGUUUAUAUAUUUUUGAUUCAUGCUUGUUAUUUUUUGAUCUAUGCAAAUUAUUUUGAUCUGCACUUAUUAUUUAUUUUUGCACUCAUUAUUUUUAUUUUUUGAUUCACGCUUAUUAUUUUUUGAUCCGUGACUGCAAUACUUUUGAAGGGAUUUUGAUCGCAUACUUAACACAGAUAUGGUUAGUAAGCAAUUUUAUCAAUAAAUCAUGUACAUAUACUAUUGACCCCAUUCAUUUCCAAUAAAAGUGUCUUAAUAUAACAGCGAUUUCUGCUUUAAAAUAAGGGAGGUGAGUGAAAAUUAUUUUUCAUUAUGUGACAUUACAGGGAUAGUUCAC